GGAAUUUUCAUGGCCAAACGCUGAUUCCGGAAAAAAGUGAAAAAAAUUUCCAGAAAAAAGUGAAUAAUUUUCAUGGCCAAAUGGCACCGUAGUUGUAAAAAGUGAAAAAUUUUGAAAAACAAGUUUUUGGUAUUCCGGAAUACAACUUCAAGUUAUAUUCGGAAUUCUUAUGGUCAAACGCUGAAAAGUGAAAAAAGUGAAAAAAAAUUCCGGAAUAAAGUGAAUAAUUCUUAUGGCCAAACGCCUACUUAGUUUGCAAGAAACCUAAUAUGAUUGUUUUUAUUGUAAAACCUCUAUAAUCUCUUCUCUGGCCGAGUGUGAAAGAAUACCUUUUGAUUUACCAAAAGUGAAAAACUAUAUCUAACUAAUUAUUUCGAACUCAUUUAUUGAAUGUUGUCUCAAAGAUGGCAAAUUAUUUUUUAUUAUUGCCAUAUAUAGCACAUUCAAUGUCUGACACCCCGCAUUUUCAUGUUUUCUUAAAUAUCUAGUGAUUCUUAUACAGCCUUUCUUGAUGAAUGUGAAUUUUCUUCAGGUUUAGAGUAUUUGUGGAGCUAACAUGUACCAUUGUGAAAAGUGCACUGAUAUAUCUUUGUCUAGAGUUGGGACAUGUAUAUUGGAAAUACUACUAGCUAAUUUUCAGCAUUUUGCUCUUUCUUUUCUUGAGCUGAAAGGAGAAAUAGGAUUUUGGAAAAUCCAUCUGUUAAAUAUCUUCAAAUUGCUUAAGUGAACUCUAACGGCACAAAUUAACCUUUGUUAUUCCUUACCUACUUGUUUUCUGUAACGAAAUGGAAGGGAAAAGAUGUGUGUGUGUGUGUUGUGGGGGGGGGGGGGGGGGGGGGGGAGGGGUUUGGAGGGAUUUUAAAUGACAGUUGGAUAGAGAAAGCUGAUAUGACGUGUUACUCUCUAAUCAUUUUAUUCUCUCUAUUCUGCUUUGUAUCUUCAUCGCAGCAUCAAAUUCACUGCCGGAGACAUUCUUUUCUUUCCUUAUAGUUGAUUUGGAGCUCAUUAUACAUUACAGUUGGUACCAGAGUCUCAUUAUGACACCUAUGAUUGAGAACAUGGCAAAAGGUACUCAAUCAAGACAAUUUGAAGAGUCAAUCAAAAGGCUGGAGAAUCAGUUACAAGGUUACAUAGGAGAAAACAAUGCUCGAGUUGCAGAAAUGAACAAGAAGAUUGAGGAAACUAAUCUUCUUGUGAGACAGUUGAUAGAACAGAUGAACCGUAAAUGUGAAAGGUAUCUACAUUUUGCCACAUUUCAGAUCCUCUGCAGAAGUUUUCUAUUGCAACUCUACACUUGGGCGGGAACCGCUGAAGCCUGGUUCAUUCUUAUCAAUUGACUCGUGUGGUUAAUUGGGGAGAAUUUACUACGGAAUAUCUAGAAUAUUUGGCUAGAUUCCUGGGAAUGUAUUAAUGGAAGAAUAAUAAGUCUAUAUGCUAUAAUACUUGAGAAUUACUUCUUGUCAGUUUAAUUGAUGGAUUAGGAAAUUAAUUUUGCUGUUAGAUUGCAUAGAAUAGUGUCAUUGAGUCAAGCUGUAGAGUUUGCAAGACAACAAGAAAAAUUAAUUGAACCAAUGCAAAAGAAAAGUAGAGCUAACUGGCGGGAACCUAUCAUGAAUAUCAAUACAUUUAACUUUUGAGUUUGUUAUUGAUGUGUAGAUUGGAACAAUUGCAGGAAAGUCACAUACUGUAUAGGAAAAAGGAAGCCUUUAGAUUAAGUGAUUUAACUAGCACAUUGGGUGGGGGGGGGGGGGGGGGCCUUCGCGGGUUUUCCCCGCAACUAUACCGUUUUCCAUCCCUAAUUACAUGAGAAUCAUCAAGCUAGGAGGUUGUGAUGUGGUAUCAGGUGAGGAUUGGUUGAAGGCUCAUAAACCUGUAAAUUUGAUUUCUAAGAGUGAAAGGUCCAGGUCGGUCAUAUAAAUCUAUCCUAAUUCGUAAUAAUUCUUUUACGUUACAUUUUCACUCUGUCAUUUGUGCUGUUCUCUGUUGUUUUCUCUGCCUUUAAGGCUAAAGGAGAGGUUCAUGUGCUAAUAGUUUGUGAUUGCUACUGGAAAAAUGAGAAUCCAUCUCACCUGAAGGAAGAUUAAAGAAAAAAGAGAAUUAAACUAUAUAAAUGACGAAGUUUCUCGCAUACAGAACUGAUUUUAUGAACAAUUUUCACUCUCUCUAUUUGUACCAGUAAUGUCUCACCUAAAUUAUACUUGCAAAAUAAAUAUUUGAAGUCCUUACAAGAUGACUGAUGGGGAGGAAAUUCAACCUCUUGUUAUUGACAAUGGAACAGGAAUGAGCAAGGCUGGUUUUGCUGGGGAUGAUUCUCCAAGGGCUGUUUUCUUAAGUAUAGUUGGUCGUCCUCGUCAUAGCGUCAUGGUUGGAAUGGGACAAAUAGAUGCCUAUGUUGGUGAUGAAGCUCUGUCUAAAAGGGGUUCUUUGAUGUUGAAAUGUCCUAUUGAGCAUGGUAUAGUAAACAACUGGGAUGAUAUGGAGAAAAUCUGGCACCAUACAUUUUAUAGUGAGCUCCGCGUUGCUUCCGAGGAACAUCCUAUUCUACUCACUGAGGCACCACUUAACCCCAAGGCAAAUCGAGAGAAAAUGACUCAAAUCAUGUUUGAGACAUUCAAUGUGCCAGCCAUGUAUGUCGCAAUCCAGGCUGUUCUUUCUCUCUUUGCCAGUGGUCGUACAACUGGUAUUGUGGUUGAUUCUGGUGAUGGUGUGAGCCACACUGUCCCAAUCUAUGAAGGACAUGCACUUCCCCAUGCAAUCUCGCGGUUAGAUCUUGCUGGUCGUGAUAUUACAGAUUAUCUGAUGAAGAUUUUUUGGGAGAGUGAUUAUAUAUUUACCUUUGCUGCUGGUAGAGAUUUUUUUCAUCAUAUGAAGAAGAAGAUUGCUUAUGUUGCAGUGGAUUUUGAACAGGAGAUUGAGAAGGCAAAAAAUUGCUCAAAAUCAGUUGAGAAGGGCUAUCAACUUCCUGAUGGAAAAGUCAUUAAUAUUGGUGCUGAGAGGUUCCGCUGUCCUGAGAUCCUCUUCCAGCCAUCAUUGGUUGGAAUGGAUGCAACAGGAAUUCAUGAAAGAGCCUACAAUUCACUCUUGAGAUGCGAUGUUGAUAUUAGGAAAGAUUUAUUUUCAAACAUUGUGCUUAGUGGUGGCUCAACUAUGAUUCCAGGCAUAACAGAUCGUAUGAGCAAGGAAAUCACUGCUCUUGCUCCAAGCAGCACGAGGAUCAAGGUGAUUGCACCACCUGAGAGGAAGUAUAGCGUCUGGAUAGGAGGAUCAAUUCUAGCUUCCAUCUGUAACUUCGAGCAAGUUAGUUUCUUUUUGCUUUAUUUCACUGAUCAAUCAAUUAAUGUUAACUCUUUUAAGCCCAAUGGAGUUAAUUAGCUGCUAAUAUCUAAGUCCCAUGCAGAUGUGUAUAACAAAUAGGGAAUAUGAUGAAUUUGGUCCCUCAACUGUCCACAGGAAGUGUCUCUAGACUUGGUGAGAACUUAAUAUCAUCUUUAGUUAAAUUCCUUCAAACGAAUGCUUCUUUUUUUCUUUUAUUUAACUCCGCCGUGGGGGUUAGGAUAUGUGUCCUAGCCUCCUUCAAAUGAAAUGAUUCAUUCUAAGUCACAAAGACCUUUUUGAAGUGAUACCACUCCUAUAAGCGGUCUUUUGCUAUUCUUGCUUGGCGGGCCUUUGUUAUUUUCGUUGUAAUUUAACUGGUGGAUUGUCCGUGACUAACGCUUCUGUUCUAUUGCUUUUGGGGUUAAGGGCAGUUCUGUUCUAUUUCGUAUAUGAAGACUUUUUAGUUGUGUGGAAUAUCGAUUAGCUUUCCUUUGUUGAACAAGAAAAUAUAUCGAUAAGUGGAGGGGCAGACUCAUUGCACCGAGCUCCGAAUUAUCUGACAGCUGACCUCAAGGAUUUUGCAGUUAUCGAGAAAAUUAUACAACAACAACAUACCCAGUGUAAUUGAAAAAAUUAUAUAAGUUAGUAUUAGUUCAGUAACUUUUCUCCUCAGCCAAUUGAAAGCUAGUGUUCUUUUUGAGAAAAAACAUUGGUUUGAAAUUCUGCAAAUUGUAUGCAUGCUCCAUCUUCCAGAUAUUCCGU